AUGAAUCUCUACAGUCAUGGUUCUGGGUUAUUUGGCACGCAUGUCACUUGGGAGGAUGUUGAGAAGGACAUGCAAAAAGCACUAGAUACAAAUGCUUUAUUUGGCCCAAACAAAACAGCUAAGAGUAUUGGGGACAAUAAGGGUUUCCUUUCGAAAGUCAUCCUUGUCGAAGCAGAUUGGCAAAACAAAGACAAAACAUUGCCCGAUAGAUUUGUUGUCAAAAUUGUUACCCAACUCGCAAUGCAGCAGUUCACAUCGGAGCUUUCAAACCAGAUGAAUAUUGAGAACAAAUUCGACACGGCGAAGUUCAAAGUGAAUUUUGAGCUGCAACAGAAACGAGUUCACAACACUGAAGUCGCUGUGUACAAACUUCUACAUGAGAUAGCCAAGGAAAGGAUACCACGUGCAGAAAUCUACUGCAUGAAGGAGUUUUCCGAUUGUAACCCUGUCAAGGGCUAUAUAAUUAUGGAAUUUCUCGGAGAUUUAGAAUCCGUGGAAAUUUAUGAGAACAUAUCUCCAAAGGCUCUCAGCAAGGUACUUCGAGCUAUGGCUGUACUGCAAGCAGCAUCUCUUGAGCUCAAAGAAGAGGAAAAAUCGAGAUUUACACAACAACCUUUUUCUCAACUUUACGCGGAAAUCUUCAGUAAAGAGGUGGUGAAAAUCAUGAUGAAACUAUUACGUGGUUUUGCGUCUAAAGUUGAAGAUAUGGGAAAUGAAGAUAUCGCAACAGAUGUUGAAAAACUGGAGGAGAUUCUCCCCGACCUCACAGACCUUGAGAGGGCGGAUCAGCUGGCUGAUGAAAUGGGAAUGCAGCGCGUUUUGUGUCAUGGAGACUUAUGGCCAGCCAAUAUGCUUUGGGAAAGGGAUGGCGAUAAAGCGGACAUGGCAGCUCUUAUUGACUUCCAGACAGCGCAUAUGGGAUGCCCAGCAGUUGACCUGGUAAGACUAUUCGUUUCUUGUCUCAGUGGAAAGGACAGAAGACAGUACUGGGAAGCUCUGAUUGAAGAGUUCUAUGGUUACUUAGUAGAGGAAGUUGGCGACAAGCAGAUGCCGUUUAUGCUUGGGCAGCUCAAGGAAUCAUACUAUCGCUUCCUGCCUAUGGGCGGUUUUAUGAUAAUGCAUAGUAUUGGACCUCUCUUCGAUGCAUUAUGCAAAAAUCCAGACGAACUACAGAAAGCGAAAAACUUGGCUGUGGUUACCGAGAAAACAGAGAGUCUGCUGGAUGACAUACGAUUUCAUCAUGCAAUGAACAAAUAUCUCAAAAAGAAUGACAUACGACAGGGACACUUUACUGUUGCUCCUCUGUCGUUAAUUUACAUGUCAAUUCACUCAAUUCCAAAAAGACCAUAA